AUGGCGACGGCCGGAAGUCGCGGCCUUUCCCCUCACAGCCCUUAAGCUGCGACGUCCCGGUUGAGGAACCAGCCCGGCGGGGCGAGGCGGGGCUUGUGUCGUUUCGGUGGUUGCUGCCCCGUCGGGCUGUAUGAGCGGCGACGGCUGGUUGAGAGGACGGAAGGGCAAGGCUCUGGAGGGCGCAUGCGCCGAUCUCCAUGGAGAGAAAAGGGGGCAAGAGAGACCGAGGGGAGGCCAGGGUUUGGAUGAAGCAGUUCUGAAGAAGUGGUACACAGAAACCAGACUCCAGUCUUCUGAUGCAUAGCGGAGUGAAGAAAUGAAGGGGCAGCAGAAAGCGACAGAGACAGAAGAGGGAACCGUGCAAAUCCAGGAAGGUGCAGUGGCGACAGGCGAAGAUCCCACCAGCGUGGCCAUUGCUAGCAUCCAGUCGGCAGCCACCUUCCCUGACCCCAACAUCAAAUACGUCUUCCGGACAGAAAAUGGAGGUACUCAGCUGAUGUACCGGGUGAUUCAGGUAGCUGAGGGGCAACUGGACGGACAGACCGAGGGCACUGGGGCCAUCAGUGGUUAUCCUGCAGCGCAGUCCAUGACGCAGGCUGUCAUCCAGGGUGCAUUCACCAGUGAAGAUGCCAUUGAGACUGAAGCCACGACCACGGAGACCCACUACACGUAUUACCCUGCCACUGCAGUUGCUGACACCAGCACGUCUGCUGGGGCAGGGACCACGGCCACAGCCGUGGUGACGACCCAGAAUUCAGAUGCCGUCCUGGGGCAAGCCACACCAACUGGCACAGGGCAGUUUUUUGUCAUGAUGUCACCGCAGGAGGUUCUGCAAAGUGGAAAUCAGAGGUCCAUCGCGCCCAGGACUCACCCGUACUCGCCGAAGUCAGAGGCUCCAAGAACAACUCGAGACGAAAAGCGCCGGGCACAGCACAACGAAGUGGAACGCCGGCGCAGGGACAAGAUUAACAACUGGAUUGUGCAGCUGUCCAAGAUUAUCCCCGACUGUUCGAUGGAGAACACCAAAUCUGGGCAGCACGUGGCAGAAGUUGUGACUGGAAACUGCCAAAACAGCCAAGGGAGUAAAGGAGGAAUCCUCUCCAAAGCUUGUGACUACAUUCAGGAGCUGAGGCAGAGCAACAUCCGUCUCUCUGAGGAGCUGCAAGGCCUUGACCAGCUGCAGAUGGACAACGAGGUCUUGAGGCAGCAGGUUGAAGAUCUGAAAAAUAAGAACCUGAUUUUGCGAGCGCAGCUGCGCCAGCAUGGCGUGGAGGUCAUCAUCAAAGACAGCCACUGACCCGCCACCCUUGGAGAAGGCCCUGCUUCGGCCCUCGCCAUCCUCCUCCGGCACAGCAGUCGACGGGGUCCCUGUGCCUCACCGGUGCUUCCAAGCCAGGCCCCGUCCUUGUUGUACAGAAGCAGAAAGCAGCGCUGUUUGUUGGGGGCUGGGCUCAGCUCAGGACAUUUGCCUCUGCCCAGCGCUCCCUCUUGGCCCGGGCCUCGGCUAGCCCUUCUGAGCCGGACACUGUCUCUUGGCAAAGUAGUCCUCCAUAUAGCCCUCGUCAGGUCCAGGGUUGUGUCUUUUUUCUGCUCUCUUCCUCCCUCAACUUUUUGCUCGACAGCACCUCACACCUGUGCAUUCAACACACAACCUGGUGUGUCUGCGCAUGCAUGCAAUAUUACGUAGACAUGUUGCACGUCCUCGUUCUCCUUUGUAUUCCCUAUAGACCCCGACUCCGCAUCACUGUCCCAUGUCCAGGUGCUGCCUCCUUGCAAGUGGGAAGAGUUGAGCUCUAUCCAGCCUGUGCCUGGUUGAUUCACCUCAUCUCCCCUCCCCCUCCGCUUUAUAGCUCUCAGGCCCAAGGGAGCCAGAAGAGGCAACAGGCAGUCUAACACUCUCCUCCCCUCAGAGGAUGGAGGGUGGCAACCUGGCUCUGGCUCUUGGCUUGCACCGUCCGCAGCUGCAAGCCGAGUGUGGCCCUGCCUCCCCUCCGAGAGCCUGAGCUGGCAGUGAGGACAGGUCUGCCGUAGCCUCCCCUUUCUACUCUGCAGCCCUGAAGAUGAUUAACGUUGCUCUUGUGCCAUGGAAGCGGAGUGGCAAGGAGGUAGGUGGGCUGAGCGCUAUAGCUGUCCUGUCUUGGGUGAUUGGAUCAGGAUGAUGCUUUUCUUGCUCUCUCUGUUUUUUUUUAAAUAAAUCUCUGAAUUUAAAAACAAA